UUGACCUUCUCAGCACGCCGCCGGCUUCUUCCCCGACGCAGCUGAUCAGAACUGCAUGCUCGACUCGACGGAGCACUACGAUGCCGGGCAGGAGAGGCGCGACCCUGCUCGAGGACCUGCCGGAAGAGAUCAUCGACAAGAUACUCAUCAGGUUGCCGCCCAAGGAUGUCGGCCGCAGCCGCCUUGUCAGUGCGUCGUGGCGCAGCGUCACAUCCACGCCCGCGUUCAUGCUCGAGCACCGCCGCCGCCAGCCGUCGCUCCCCACCGUCGACGGCCACGGGCGGCCCGCCAGCCUCGUCGUUGUUUCCCCUGAAACCGAUGCUCAAGGCUCUCAUCAUCAGCAGCUCUGGCCUUUCCUCCCGGGCUCCGAACACCGCUCCCAACAUUGCCUCAGAGGCGCGUGUGAUGGCUUCCUCAUCGUCUCUCGGGGACACCAGUUCUACAUCUGCAACCCGGUCAUCCGGACGCGCGUUCUCCUUCCGCAGCCUGAGAGGCAAUACAACACCAUAGCCGGUUUCUACUGCCACCAUUCGACCAGAGAAUAUAGGGUGCUCUGGGUCUCACAGUCACUUGAUUUGUCUAAUUCCAGCUUAUACAUUGUCACCGUGGGAUCCUCUGACAAGCCGAGGCAAGUGAGAGUCAGCAUGCUAACGGACUCAUCGCCUUCCGAGGAACACAAGUUACUGAACAAGCUGCGCUUUUCAUCUGACUGUUCACCACCAGUCCACCACCGUGGCAGCCUGCACUGGCGUCCUUAUAGUGCCAGUGAUCUUACGGGAGGCCGCGGAGACAUUAUUGUGUUCGACACAGAAUCAGAGUCAUUCCGAUGGAUGCGCGGCCCUGCUCAGCCGUGCCAUUGUAGGAAGUUGUUCGACAUGGAGGGGACACUUGCUUUCUGGGGCGGCUCGACUCCCAGGUCCACUUCUAUGGAUGUCUGGGUGAUGCAGGAUUAUGAAGCUGAAACAUGGGCUUUUAAGUACCAGAUUGACCUGUCGACGGUGGAGGUGUCAAGAAAGCUUCAUUCAGCUUCUUCCAAAAAGAAACCGAGGAUAUCAUCUGAUUCCACGGUGCGUUUGUUGAACGAUGUGGCCGUGCUAAACAACCAUGAGCUGCUGAUCAUGUUCAACAGAAAACAUGUGUUGCGCUGCGAUACUAAUGGCAAGUUCUUAGGUGUUGUGAACAUUGGAACAAGUCAAUACUGCAUGUUGCUUACUCACCACCGCCUCCAAGAGAGCAUUGUUCCUAUUCCAGGCCAUGGUAUGAUGCAAGGAAAGGAUGAGGAGCCUCCAUUCUCCUGAAUGAUCAUGACUCCUGGUCUGCCUUUCCCCUGGACUGAGAGCAUGACGUUUGUUCUUGGCUCUUCUUACCUGUACCGGCAGUCCAACAUGUCAUCUUGGAUGGUCGCAGUAGCGCCUACCCUGUCAUUAUUUGGUGCUUGCUAUGAUGUCUUGAUCAUCUUGUUAAUGUUCCGAACUAUUGAGCAUCGAUCCAUGGUAUUAGAACUGAUUAUUUAUAACUGUUCCUCCCUGCCUGCCAAAUUUACUUCGGUUUUGGCAUGGUUAGGAUGCACAGACGGCAUCAUUCAGAUGAGCGAUUCGCUCUUGGUCUUGCUCUUUGAGCGAAAGCAAUUUCUCGCUGCUUGGAUGUUAUUAUGUAUCUGUUGAUCUGUUCCAUAGGAUGUUUGUUUGCCUUA